GGCGAAGUAUUACUAGUUUAAGGAACACUGCAAACGUGCACCUCUGUUUGCUAAUUAUAAAUAUGCAGGCAAAUGUGCGAUGUUUCUCCAGAUUUCAUAUUCUAUAAUACACUAAUCCAACAUGACUCAACAAUACGAAACUAAAGAAUUAACUCCCGAACAAAUCAAACUUAUUCUCGAAACUGUUCCUAUUUUGGAACAAGCUGGUGAAACCUUGACCCAAAAGUUCUACCAGAGAAUGAUUGGGGGCUAUGAUGAAGUUAAACCUUUCUUUAAUGAAACUGAUCAAAAGUUAUUACGUCAACCUAAGAUCUUGGCCUUUGCUUUGUUAAACUACGCUAAAAACAUCGAGGACUUGACUCCCUUAGUUGGGUUCGUCAAACAAAUUGUGGCUAAGCAUGUUGGUUUGCAAGUCAAGGCCGAGCACUAUCCUAUUGUGGGUACUUGUUUGAUCGAAACAAUGGUGGAAAUCCUCCCAGCUGAGAUAGCUACCGGUGAGUUUAUUGAAGCUUGGAGUACUGCUUAUGGAAACUUGGCCAAGUUGUUGAUUGACAUGGAAGCUGCUGAAUAUACUAAACAGCCAUGGACCGAGUUUAGAGAAUUUUCAGUCACCAAGAUUGAAGAUGAAUGUGAUGAAGUCAAAUCUGUCUAUUUCCAACCUGUUGAUGGUAAGAUUAGUAUUCCAAAGAGAGGACAAUACGUAUGUAUCAGAUGGAAAUUACCAAAUGCCGAGUUUGAAAAAUCUAGAGAAUACUCUAUUUCGCAAUUCCCUGAAGAAAACGAAUACAGAAUCUCUGUCCGAAAAUUACCUGAUGGUAAAGUCUCCGGUUACAUCCACGAAACUUUGAAAGUGGGUGAUAUCUUGCGAGUUGCUGCUCCUGCUGGUAACUUUGUCUACCAAGAAGGUGAAUCCGAUGUUGUUCUUAUUGCCGGUGGUAUUGGUAUUACUCCAUUAAUCUCUAUUUUGGACAAAGCUUUGGCCGAUGAUCGGAAUGUUAAUUUGCUUUAUGCUAAUAGAACCGUCAAGUCUCGAGCAUUUGGUGACUUCCUCAAGGAAAAGAAGAAGCAAUAUGGAGAUAAAUUAAACGUCAUAGAGUUCUUUGACGGCGAAAAAGUUGAUCAAAAGGACGCAAUUGAUCAACUUGAAAAUAGAAUGCUUGAUGUCAAGGACUUGGAAUUCAUCGAUGGUGAAAAACAUGAUGUUUAUUUGCUUGGUCCAAGACCAUUCAUGAGAGUUAUUAGAGAUUACUUGGGUAAAAAGGAUAUCAAUGUCAACUUGGAAUAUUUCGGUUCUUACGACCCUUAGUUUUGUAUCUGUAUAUAAUGUUUACGAAUGUAAGUUUUAAGUUUAGGUAGGCAGGUCUAAAAUAGCGUUGCCUAUUUGGAUAAUGUGUCGCGCGUGACUAACACGGCUCUGAACUACUAGCCCGAUGGUCUAGCACUAGAGGCGUUCUAGAUGAUAGGGUGCGAUAACUGAAAGGGGGGAGGGCUGUAAUUUUAACAUUUACGAACACAACGGAUAAGUGCACCCGUCCAAGUAGUUAAAGCGUCCACUAAAGUUCAACUAAAUGUAUGAAUAACGGCUUAAAAACAUCUAUUUUUACGAAACUUGGUUUAUUGAUUGCAUAUCGCCAUACAUUUACACCCCUUCUAUUUCCCUUUCGUAAAAGUUUUGUCAUAUAACAGGCAAACCAUACUUCAAAAAACAAUCGAACGAACAUCUGUCAACGCCCCGUUGCAUCUUGAAAAUAUAAACAUCAACAAAGGAUAAGCCACAGUGAGGAGUCAAGAACGACAGGUACGACGUUUAGAUACUAGUGUGCAUUGCCUCCGUGGAAAAAAUUCACUCGCAUACCGGCUAACUAGGACAAUUCCAUGUAAGAUGAUGCAAAACUCUGUUGGCUAUCGCAGGGUGCAAAUUACUUAUUGGUAUUACCUACAGAUACAUGGUCAUACUUAGAUGCAAGUCCCCGUAUUGCUAUGUCUAUUAGGAAAUACACUUUAGCCUUUACAGUUGUGUCAAAAAACGUACUAGGUAACUAGCGGGUUUUCUUGUACCAACACCAAACCCCGAAUGAUAUAUUUUCCGAAAGACUGUAACAAUAGAAAUAAAGUUCUAAUUAUAGAUUGAAACUAAAUAACAAUAAAGUUCAAAGGGCACAAAACUAAUGAAACUUAUGUUGUAGGUAGGGGGGACGAGGUUGUGAGAAGCUUCAUAACUUAGUAUUACAGUAACAUGCAUAUUCAGAAUAGCCGGCCGGGUAAUACUCCUUAUUUGCUCUCGAUAGUGUCAACAAUAGUAGUGAACAAUUCCACGUUGGAACAAUCAAUGUUGCCAUUGAUAUUCAAAUAUAUAGGCACUUGAAAUUUUUUAGUCAAUAAAUUAUUCAAGGAUAUUAUUUGUUCGGUAUUUGAACCAGGAACGAGAUUGGUCGAGUAUGAAUUUAUGGUGUAGACAUAACUUCCCAUGGCUUGGUUGUUUGUUUGAUUGAUGUAUAUCGUGAUAGGUGCUUUGGGAUUUAUUUCAUGGUUGUAUGAUAUUAUGAAUGUAUAAUCAAUCCCGUUAAGGUUAACUUCUUUAACUAUAUGGUUCAUCAGAGUGGUCUAGGCCUUAUCGU